UUCCCUCCUUUCGGUUCAUUUAUUAUCAGACUUAAACCCCAGACGUCUCAAUCCUCAUUCUUCAACCUCAACCUCAACCUCAAUCUAGGGUUUCAAAUCCGAAUUUCAGGUGGAAAGUGAAGGUAUUUUUGGGAGAGAGAUGAAGAUACAGUGCAACGUGUGUGAGGUCGCGGAGGCGAACGUAUUGUGCUGUGCGGACGAGGCGGCUCUGUGUUGGGCUUGCGAUGAGAAGGUUCAUGCUGCCAAUAUGCUCGCGAGCAAGCACCAGAGGGUUUCUCUUUCUAGCUCUUCGUCGCAGAUGCCGAAGUGUGAUAUUUGUCAGAGGCUAAGACUGACAAUGUUACCCGUCAGUGGUUUUUUGUUGCGGGACAUUGACUGAUUUUCUCUGAUAUCGAGAUUGAAUAAGAAGGAAUUUUAUGGCUUUUUCUUCAUUGCUUAUUCAAAUUUUAGUCCCCUGUGCAACAACCGUCUUUUUGGAGCAAAAAAUGGAACCACAAAUAUUUGGGAAUCUGUAAUCUUAUGUGGAUAAGAUAUUGCCGUAUCAUACAGGAAGCAGUUGGCUAUUUCUUUUGCCUAGAGGAUCGAGCUUUAUUCUGCAGGAAAUGUGAUAUUACAAUACAUGGUGCUAAUUCCUAUGUUUCAGCCCACCAGAGGUUUCUGCUCACUGGUGUAAAGGUGGGGCUGGAACCUACAGAACCUGGUGCAUCCACUUCCCCAGGGAAGUCACAUUCUGGUGAGAAAAUGUUAGAACCAGAAGCUCGCACUGUGUCUGGAAGGGUUAGUUCAAUGUCAUCGGCUGUACCAUAUAAUAAAGUAUUGCCUGUCCAAGUUGGUGGAGUUGGGGAUUUCAUCCCAACUAAGUUGCCAUUUGCUGGAGGUUCUGGUGCUGGAAGUAUUCCACUGUGGCAGUUGGAUGAAAAUUUUGGGCUUACCGACUUCAAUCAGAAUUUUGGGUAUAUGGAUGCUGGCUCCUCCAAGGCUGAUAGUGGCAAACUUGGAGACUCUGACUGCUCCUCUAUUCUAAGAGCCGUGGAGGAGGAACUGGACAGUGAUGAGUGCUUUGGGCAGGUGCCAGAGGCGUUCUGGGCAGUGCCACAGAUUCCUUCCCCACCUACAGCAUCCGGGCUUUAUUGGCCGAAAAAUUAUCAGUAUCCAUCAGACACUGCUGCUUGCGUGCCGGAUAUAUGCUGCUCACCCUCCCCCAUGCAGAGCCUUCAUCGUUCUUAUCCGAAUGGUACCAGUUCAAAACGACGGAGGCAAUUCUAAUGCAUAACCUCGUAAAUCUUGUACUUAUAUUAGGUGUCUUAAGGGUUCGAAUUGCACAUUGCUACUUAGAAGUGUUAUCAGUCAGUAAAGAGCUGCUUCAUUUUGCUUAUCACCCGUAAGUAUACUGUUAAAAUGGGACAGACAGUAGGCUUUAAUUUCAGUAAAGACAACCAAGGAGGAGAAUCAAACCUUCAACCUGCCACUUCAGGUUUUAACCAUCCGGAUAAGCCUUUAGUCCUUGUGAGAGGAUAUGUUAUGUAAGAGGCUCAAAUUUAGAGAAUCUAGUUAACAACAGUUUCAAGUCUUU